AUGUCCCGAACUCUACCACAGGGGGAGGUGCAUCACGGCCGCGAGAAGGCCGGGGGCAGCGCUUCACAGCAGACAAAGGGCGCCGCCAUGUUAGAGCCGGGCGGAACCGACCUCGCUGGCUUCCCGGCAGUAACUUCCGUCGCUUGCCCAGCGCGGCUCAACGUGCGCGACCGCCAACAGGCGCAUGCGCCUAGCCAAAAGUUUGUAGCCGGCCCUGCCCCCACAAAGACUGUCCCCACAGCUCACAUCACUUGUGUUAUUGACCGUGCCACUGGAAAACAAGUCUCCCUGGCAGCACCCCCAGUGACACCCCAAGUAUCAAGACCCAGCCAGGGACAUGUCACUCCGCCCAUGAAGACGUUUGUUGUGGUCUGUGGAAAAACCACAAUGCAUGGGACUCAGGACUUUUCGCUCAGUUGUAGACCUCUUGCCGGGGCCAAGGAUGCCUUGCCACCUAGAGGACUUGUGGUUCCAGCUUUCCUCCCCGCUAGCCCACCUUGUCCUCAGGAUGAUCCUAAAGCUGAGAGGAGACCCUUGAAGGCUGGAGCUACUGAAAAGCAUUCAACUUGGGAGACAGUUGGGUGCUCUGUCCGGGCUCUCUCUUCCUGUAUCCGUGGGCAGGUUGAGUAGCUUGGUAGGAUCUGUUCAGGGAGAGCCUGAAUGCAGGAGUCUUUGACGUCGGAAGCCAGGAAGGCAUCCUGGAUGCACUGAAGGACAGAAGAGCCAGUCACGUCUCUGUCCUCCUCCCCACCCUCUCUCUGUCAGGCUCUCAGCAGAGGCCAGGCAUGGUACCAACCAAGCAUCUUCUACCUGUCCUUACAGGGUGCUGCUGCUGCUGACAUCAUGGUUUUCCUGAAGCUUGGGAAGGGAAUUCAAAGUAAUUGUUUUGAGGCCAGCCUCGAUGAAUGGAAACCCUUUCUCCAAAAAGGAUGAAGGUCGGUUAGAGAGAU